AUGGAUCCUGAGCUCAACUCACCUUCGACGACGCUCUUUAAGGACAAGCGCUUCAAAGACAGCAAGGUCGCGCUCUAUGCUGUCCAAGACUACGCGCUUUACUACAAUAAACGAGUUAAAGUUGCUCGACGCGGAGGCAAACACUGUCGUGGUAUGACAGACCACACCUGGUACGUGUCCAGCUCCGACCUGACACACUUGCCUGAGUGCACGUCGACUGCUAAGCCCACUCAACGUCAAUUGGUGGAGAGCUCGAGUUUCCUGAAGGCUCUGGCAGCCACGCCCGAUGGUACAGCUACACGACUGUUACGGCAACUUCAAGGGAAAACCAAUCUACGAACGAUCUAUCGAGCCAAGCAGGUCAUGAAGCAGAAAGUGUUGAACCAAGCGGGUAACUCAGUAAAAAACGGGGCUUUAUCCAGAGCUUUUCUGAGCUGCUCUGUGUUCACGCAAUUGACGGGUUUUAAUCAUCAAAUCUAUAUGUUUGAAGUGACACCUUGCAACAACAGUGAAGCGAACUACCAAGGAGUGCAAAUGAACUAUCGGUGGUUUUUCCGCUGUGUGGAAGACAGCGGCGUGGAUUUGAAGUACUGUCCUGUGCUGUGUACUCUUGACGCGGAGCUUAUAGCUGUGGCAAGUGAGCUGGGGCUUACUCUACGCUACUGCACAAGGUACAUUAUUGAACAUGAGCUGGCCCAGAUUGGGUCAUUUAACAAGCAUCACCAUGCGCUGGUAUGGGGGUUGCAAGGCUCGGAGAGGGAGGUGGAGUACGAUAACCGCCUUGAAUGGAUCGGCAACCUACGGACGUUUUGCGAGACUUUGGAGCAGGAACAGAUAGUUAUUAGCGGAGCAGGAAGCGGGGCUCAAGACCUCUACGACGCACAAUGCAGACAUAUUGGCGAGUACAAAGUUCGUCGAGCCUCGGAAACUGUGGCAUUUACUAGCACCUGUACGUGCACGUUCAUCGGGCAGUAUGCGAUUCCGUGCCGCCAUCUUAUCGCGGUGCUGCUGUUCUGCAACCAAAUGGAUUCACUCAGCUAUCAGCGUUGA